GGGGUGGUGCUCCCCGAGAGUUUCCUGCGCCCUCGCCCAUGUUCACAUUCGCUUUCUUUUUCCUGCAAGGCUGUUGAGUGUCUUGGGGUACCGCGUGGCUCCCGCGUGGCUCUUGCGCAUUUUCCAGCCCCGCGGCCGAAAGACCACUCUGAAGAAAGAUGCUGACUAUCGGAGACUUGCCUGAACGUGUCCUGCUGGAGGUGCUGGCCCGGGUACCAGCGAGGAACCUACUUUGCAACUGCCGGCUGGUUUGCUCCCAGUGGCGACGCCUGGUGGACGACCCUGAGCUGUGGAAGAUUAAGUUCCAGCGAAAGAGCGGACCCGAGACCCAAGAGUCGAAGGCUUUCUUCAUUUACUCCCACAGGGAGAAGAACUUAAUCAAGAAUCCUUGCGGCAAAGAGGGCCUGGACUCCUGGGCGAUGAGGGUCCCUUCCGAGGGCCACUGGAAAACCGAGGAGCUGUCCGAGGAGGAUUUGGCAGCCCUCCCCAUGGAAAGUUUCCUCCAGAGGAAUUCCUACGCAAAAAAGAAAGACUCCUCCCCACAGUGGGUCAACAGAUGCUUUGCUGCAUGUGACGGGUUCUGCAGCAAGGCUCAGCUCAUCAUCCUGAAGGACCUUGGGUACUGGGACGAGCUGAUAGAUGAAGCCAGACCUAACAUCGCAGUGAAUGAAUACUAUUAUUGUCCCCCUGGCAGCCGCUAUCAACUUAGUGUGAAGCUGUUGGAUGCAGACUUUCAGCUUCUCCACAUCCUCCAUACGGAAGGGCGCGGUUCGGAAGCUCCACGCUGGCGUCGGAUUUCACAAGGGAUUAUCGAAUGCCGGGUUGGACUCCGCUACAUCCUCUUUGAACACCUGGCUGUAAACGGGAGCGGCCAGCCGCCCGAGAACAGCGUAAGAGUCACCAGGAGCAGCGUCACUCUUGGGCCAUUUAAUUGGGAUGAAGACUUCAUAGAGCCCUUUCCCAACUCAGAUGACGAAGAUGGCGCUAGUGGCAGCGGAUGCAACUGAUGAGCACUCCGGCACACCAUUCAAGCUUCUAGUCCCUAACUUUGAGGUGAUGAACUGUAGCCCUGAGACCAGAUGCGGCCCUCCCACCUGGCCCUCGGGGUUCUCCUCUCACUGGCCCUGCUCUGCUUGCUUCCUUGAGUGCCUUUGCCUAGCAGAAUGUGUCCCUGAGUUGUAAUAAAGCCUUUAGCUUGCCUGGAUGGAGAAACCUGCAUAUACGAACCUCUGGAUUGUGCAUGGUUUGGAUGAAGCCUUCUGUUGCUCCACCCAUGUUUUGCUUCAAGCCAAACCUACUGCUGGUUUGUGGCCCCUGGAAAGUUGUCCUGGAGGGAAUGAGGACCCCUGCCUUUUCCCUAAACCGAAGCCCUGAUUACUGCAUUUCCCAAUGCAAUCCUCGCUGCAGACAUCUUGAUGCUGAUUUCCUUCUCAUAAACAAAUGCAUAGAACUCCGAGACUUCUCCCAAAUCCUUUGCCAGAUGAAUUUGAUGAAUUCGUUUUUCUGCCAUGGCUAUAUAGCACUGCCUACAAUACUCUUUGAAGAGUAAACUGUGAUAGUGGACAUUGGACUUAUGAAAAGAGAGAGGGGAUAAAGAACUGUCUUACAUGAAAAGAGUUAAAGCCUCAAAUCCAAGCUCUUAUGAUAAGAGGGA